UUCUGAUAUCAACGUGGGCUGUAUAAAAAGAGAAGCAGAACAUCCUAGCCAUCCAUUAUUGAUAUCUAACGGUUGGUAAUAGUGCUAUCAAAAUGUAGGACACCUAGAUGCUUGUAAUGGUUUACCUGUUUACAAGAACAUCAAUAACAAGGGACAAGGCACUAGAGCGAGGUAAAUUUGGAUAAGGCAAAGGCAAAGGAUUGGAGCGGAGAGAUGGUGGUUCUUUGGAGUGGAGAGAUGGUGGUUCUCUGGGCGGCGCUUGCAGUGGGAUUCGCCACUUUGAUGGUGGCACGGAGGUGGUGGCGCACAAAACACCCCGGAGAGGGCCCGAAGCUCCCUCCGGGGACCGGGGGAUGGCCCCUCAUAGGAGAGACCCUCCCAUAUUUGGCCUUAACUGGCUCAGGCGAGAACUUCAUCGUAAAAAGGAUGCGUAAAUACAGGACUCAGGUCUUCAGGACCCAUAUCCUGGGCAGUCCAAUGGCGGUAUUCUGUGGAGCUGCCGGCAACAAAUUCAUCUUCUCAAACGAGAACAGGGUGCUCGUCAACGCAUGGCCAGCCUCCGUAGCAAAGCUCUUCGGGAGAUCCGUAAUCACCACUACUGGAGACGAGGCUAAGAGGGUUCGAAAGGUCCUCAUGGCGUUCUUGAGUCCAGAAGCACUCCACGAGUUUGUCGGUCAAAUGGACUCUGCGGCUCGAUUGCACCUUAAAAGAUACUGGGAUGGGAAAGCUGAGGUAAAGGUCUACAGUAUGUUGAAGGUCUAUACCUUCUCCUUGGCCUGCAGCCUUUUUGCCAGUAUAGAGAGCGAAGAACGAAAGGCGCAGCUCUCAGCCUUCUUCAAUGUCUUCCUCAAGGGGAUGAUGCAGAUGGAUCUGAAAAUCCCGGGAACAAGAUAUUACAAGGCUAAAAAAGCAGUUGAUGCCCUUCGAAGAGAGCUGAGGAAGGAGGUGGAUGACAGGAAGGAGGCUCUACGGGCCGGAACAGCGAACCCGAAGCAGGACUUGAUGUCGUAUUUGCUCACCACCGCCGAUGACAGCGGCAAGCACAUGAGUGAUGAGGAGGUGGUGGACAAUAUCAUCAACCUGCUCUUCGCCGGACACGACACCAGCAGCUCCACCCUGUUGAUGGUGCUCAAGCAUCUAGCUGAGAAGCCUUACUACUACAAUGAAAUCCUCAACGAACAAAGGGAAAUUGAGAAGUCGAAGGGCAAAGAAGAAGUACUGAAUUGGGAAGACCUCAAAAAGAUGAAAUACACAUGGAAUGUGGUGUGUGAGGUAAUGAGAGUUUCACCGGCGGUAGCUGGAGCUUUCAGACUCGCCAUAACCGAUUUCGACUACGCCGGCUUCCGCAUACCGAAGGGCUGGAGGCUCCAUUGGAAUGUGCAUACUACACACAUGAUGGAAGAGUAUUUUCCAGAACCUGAAAAAUUUGACCCCUCUCGCUUCGAGGGAGAGGGUCCACCGCCAUACACGUUCGUGCCUUUCGGUGGGGGACCGCGCAUGUGCCCUGGGCUUGAGUUUGCAAGAGUGGAGAUGCUAGUGUUCUUACACAAUUUGGUGAAGAAUUAUAAGUGGGAAUUGGUUUUCCCAAAUGAGAAGAUACACAUGGAUCCUAUGCCUGUUGCUGAAAAUGGACUCCCAGUUCACCUCCACCCACAUCAGAAACAUUCGUGAUCUCUCUUUCUCACUCUCUAAGUCAUGGUUGCGAAGUAACUUUAAUGAGUUCAUUCCCUCGGGUCAUUAGCUAUAUAAUUGAAGUGUUUAGUGUUUUCUUUUCUAUGAAAUGAAUGGUCCCAAUAUGUUUACCAUGAUUUGUGUACUUGUACAUCAAUAAAACCUAUCUGUUGCUGCAAAGGGUCUCCCAAUUCACCUCAACUCUCAUCAGCAACAUUCA